GUUCUACGGUGAUACAGUAAAUUUUGCACGUGUGAUGUGAAUGAAACUCCUGGGAGAAAUUUUUAAAGAACGGGCUACAUUUCCGUGCAAUGUUGUAAUUAUUUUCUUUUCAGAAUGCAGCACGACGAUGUAAUAUGGAGCAUCAUCAACACAACGUUCUGCUCCUACAAGGUCAAUGCCAAGACCCACCAGUUCUGUCGGAAUGAGUACAACUUGACCGGUCUGUGCAACAGGUCCUCCUGCCCCCUGGCCAACAGCCAGUAUGCCACAAUCAGGGAGGAAAAUGGUGUGUGCUACUUGUACAUGAAGACCAUCGAACGAGCCGCCUUCCCGGCCAAGAUGUGGGAGAAAGUGAAGCUGUCCCGCAACUACGAGAAGGCCCUGGAGCAGAUCAACACCCACCUCAUCUACUGGCCGGGCUUCAUCAAGCACAAAUGCAAACAGCGCUUCACCAAGAUCACCCAGUACUUGAUCCGCAUGCGCAAACUCACGCUAAAGAGACAGAAAAAGUUGGUGCCCCUCAAUCGCAAGGUGGAGCGGCGAGAGAAGCGGAGAGAAGACAAAGCCCUUAUCGCUGCCCGCCUGGACACUGCCAUUGAGAAGGAACUCCUGGAGAGAUUGAAGAAGGGAACGUAUGGCGACAUCUACAACUUCCCAGUCACAGCCUUUGACAGAGCCUUAGAUGACCAGGAGGAAAAUGAGGAGGACGAGGAACGAGAAGACGAGGAGGCAAAAGACGAGGAGGAGGAGGAGGAAGAAGUAGAGUAUGUAGCCGAGGAAGAUUUUGAGGAGAGUGACCUGAGUGAUUUUGAGGACAUGGACAGGCUGGGAGCCGGAGACAGCGAGGAGGGCAGCUCCUCGGAAGAAGACAACAACGAGGAGAAAACCAAGAAGAUGCUUCGGAGGAAGAGGGCGCACGUAGAGAUAGAGUACGAACAGGAGACGGACCAGCCGUCGACGUCGAAACAGAAAGUCAAAGCGAGAUGAUGCCAAAUAAAUUCCACAGUUUUCUCCUCAAAUACUAAACCCUUAUUAUACUCGUAUUCCCCAUCAUCACAUAGUGAGCCAUCAUUAAGUGAUGGAGCUCCAACCCCUUCUAGUUCCAUGAACUACUUUUGAGAUACAUUUUGAUAACCCUCUAAAGGGCUGGUAGUUCUCAUCACCUUCUUAUUUUCAUGGACCAUUUAUAUUUAAAAAGUGGCAUUUUAUGAAGUGUCGGCCUCAGGCAGCAGAUUUUUAAUCCUAACUGUAGGUGCUCUGGAUCGAAGACAGAUCUCGGCUUGGUUCAGUUUCCUCUUUCGGAGACAUCGAAUCGUGCAGCUAGCACAAAGGGACAAAUAUGGAGAUCUUUUCAUUAGAUUUGAACCCUGGAGGUCACAGCUAGUUCCAGAACCAAAGAAUAAGCUGCAGUUUUUGAACGGUCUUGCAUUGUUCACUGUGUGGGCGGGUGUAUUUAAGCAUGAUUUGUACCUCGCCAUUACCAAGAUGUCAAACAUUGGGCAGAGCCCCAAUCUUCGUAACUGCACUUGUCAGGUAGUUUCUCAUGCAUUGAACAGAAUGAAGUCGGGAUUUUGUUUGCGUACCUGUUACCAGCUAGCUACAAAGAAAUAUCUAUUAUUUGAAAAAGAAAUUCAUAGGUUGCCUUCCCACCUCUCCUCCCGAAUUCACCUGUUAUCUGUAUUUGUUUUCUCCAAAAAUAGUUUCAUCAUGAAACUUUUGCUAGGCAUGUUAUAAGAAUUAGAGUCAUAUUGUCAGCCAUAAGUAUCAAACCAUUCCUAAAAAAAUCAACACCUCUGACAUUGGUUUACGUUGUGGAGCUUUUUUCCUCUGCAUCCUUGCAAUUGAAUUAUCAAUAAAUUUACAGGUCAGUAAAUAUGUAAAACUAG